UCUACUACUUCAACACCUUCUUUAAUGUCUAUGAGUUCUAUAUUUAAGAAGCAGAUAGAUUUGUCAUAACAUAUUUACAAUACAGAGGUUUCCUUUUGUAGCAAGUCUAUUUUAUCACAUACAAAAAUGGAGGAGGACCUUACAACUGGGUUUCGCUUCUAUCCCACGGAAGACGAACUGGUUGUGUUCUACCUACGAAACCAGCUCGAAGGAAGGAGUGGUGACUCAAUGCACCGUGUCAUUCCCGUUCUAGAUGUCUUUGAGGUCGAACCUAGUCAUCUUCCAGAUCUUGCGGGAGAGAGAUGUCGAGGAGAUGCUGAGCAAUGGUUCUUCUUUGUGCCAAGACAAGAGCGCGAAGCAAGAGGAGGCAGGCCGAGCAGAACCACUGGUUCUGGGUAUUGGAAAGCAACUGGAUCACCUGGUCCAGUCUUUUCCAAGGAUAACAGAAUGAUUGGAGUCAAGAAAACUAUGGUUUUCUACACCGGAAAAGCACCAACAGGAGGAAAAACAAAAUGGAAGAUGAAUGAGUACAAAGCCCUUGACGAUAGAGACAACGUUUCCACAAUCCCUAAGUUGAGACAUGAAUUCAGUUUAUGUCGUGUCUACAUAACAUCAGGAAGCUCAAGAGCUUUUGAUAGACGCCCAGUGGGAGUUCUUCAGACAGGGAUAAUGCUUACAAAUGAUGCUGCAGUUGCUGAGACAUCAUUUAUUGUGGGAACGUCACCAGAAAUUUCCAUGUCAGGAGGAGAACAUGUUGAUCUCUCUGUGGACACAGACAUGGUGGAUGGUUUAACUGAACCAAUCUGGGAAUGGGAGCAGCUGAAUUGGCCUUGAAUCUAACGAAAUUCAUAAGCAAGCAAAUUAAAAUAACUAGUUAUUACCCAUUGGUUAUUACAUUACUACUACUCGAAUCUAUGACCGCCAAUUAUUUUUGUUUUCCUUGUAACGUUAUAAUUUGAGUAAGAAUAAAUGAGAAAAGAUAUUAUAUUUUUUUUUUGAGAAAAUAGAAUGAUU